AAAAGGACUUUUGAACAUAAUUAACUAGAUCGAGCUGCAACAUUGACAUUAUUGGGCUGCAGGGUAGUUGUGUUAGUUUUGUAGUGUUGGCAAGUUGGAAGUUGGCAGCCCUGACCGCGCUUCAUAGUUGCAAAAAAAGAAAAACGUGCGCGCCUGAAUACUUUUAAUUAUCAAAAUUAUUGCUUAGUUUAGUAUAAUAAAUUGGGAAAUCUGCAAGAUGUGGCCACGAUUUGGUAUCAAAAUUGGAAACAGUACCCUCUGCAUAGCUUACGUAAGAUCCGAUGGAAAGGUGGAUGUUAUAGCAAACAAGCAAGGCGAUCGUGUCUCUCAAGCCUGUUUGCUGUGGGAUGGCGUCUCCGAGAUCGAAUGUGGUUUGACAGCGAAACAGAAAAUGGCCACAAGACCGAAACAAGCAGUAGCGCACAGUUUUCAGCUCUUACAGCCAAAGGAGGAGCUCAGUGCGGAUAAAAUAGCCAGUGCAUUGAAGGAUAUACCCUGCGAUUAUGAUGAGCAGGAAGCUGUCUUUAAAAUGGAACAUACGGUGCCAUCCGAGAAGGAAGAUCAAGAUGACAAGGUGGUGACAAAGGAGCUGACCGCAUUUCAGGUGACGGUGGAGCUGCUGCGUGCUGAAUUGGAGCUGGCGCGUCAAUACUAUAACAAUGCGGAACACUCACCUAUAGCCGUGCUCUCAAUACCCAGCUACUAUCCUGCCCAAGCUUACUACCUGCUGUCGGAUGCGGCCAAAUCCGCCGGUUUCCAAGUGGCUCAAAUUAUUGCGGAGCCCACUGCCGCUGUUUUAGGCUAUAACAUCGGAGAGGAACCGGAGGCCGGACGGAAGCAUGUGCUGACCAUUAAGUGCGGAGGCCUGUACAGUCAAUUUGCCUUAUAUGCGGUGCAGAAUGGUCUCUAUAUAGAACUUGCUACCUUUGGUCCAUUUGCGAUUGGCGGUCGGCAAUUCACGGAGGCUUUAGUGCAAUUCAUUUGUGAGGAAUUCAAGCGCAAAUAUAAACUAGAUCCACACGAGUCGCGGCGCUCGCUGGCCAAAAUACGCACGGCAGCCGCCAACUGCAAGCACAUAUUGACGACGCUGCCCUCCACGCAACUGUACAUUGAUUCCCUCAUGGAUGGCGUUGACUUUAACGUACAAAUGUCACGUGCCCGCUUCGAGAGCCUCAUCCAGCCGGUCAUCAAUAAUUUCAUAGCGCAAUUAAGUGAGUGUGUGGAGCGUGCGCAGAAAGAGCAGCCUCAAGUGACGGGAAUUGAUGAAAUCGUGUUGUUGGGUGCCACAAUGCAAAUACCCAAACUGCAGGCGGCACUGGCAGCACGAUACCCAAACGCCAAGCUCCACAACUGCUAUUCGGCGGAUGAGGUGGUGGCCAUUGGUUGUGCACGGCAGGCGCUUUAUUUGCUCGAUCCCUUGGAGCAACAGUUGCAGAAAGCCGAUGAUUGCGUUCUGACCGAAGAUGACUUGUAUAUAUGGCACGGUGAUGAUGAAUCAAAGGCCAAGUUGGUGCUAGGCAAGGGCAGUUUGUUGCCAGCGAAAAUCAAGGUUACGUUGCCCCAGUCUGGCGAGGGAGAUGCACAGAGUUCGACGCCGGCUUUCAAAUUGCGAACCGGAGACAGUGAGAUACUCGCUAACUUGCCAGACAACACCACGCCCUCCGACGAGGGUCUCUUCCAGCUGGAGGUAGAGGUUGAUUGGAAGGACAAGGACGGCGUUAUUGAGCCAUUGGUGCGAUUGCGUUGUAUGUAAGUUGAGUGGGAGUCAACGAUCUUGAGCGCAAUUGUAAAUUAUUUAUUUCUAAUACACAAAAUAAAAAACCCGAGCUUCAAUCCAAGUUAGAAA